CUACUCACAAACUGUGGCUGCCAAGCAAUGAGAUUUUUCUGCUCAAAACACCUGCAUGUGGUUUUGAAUUACGUGAUCUAGUUGCUUGACUUUAAAAUACUUUUUGUAACUUUUGCAUUAAGAAAUAUAACAUUUUUAAAAAGUGUUGCAAAGAUGAUUUCUGCAUGCCUGGAGUUUGUCGGUCUUGGCUUGAGUGUCACCGGGACACUUUUGGUGAUGGUGGCGUGUGGGUUGCCCAUGUGGAAAGUGUCUGCCUUCAUUGAGGGCAACAUUGUGGUGGCGCAGAACAUCUGGGAUGGCCUGUGGAUGUCCUGCGUGGUCCAAAGCACGGGUCAGAUGCAGUGCAAGUUCCACGACUCUGUCCUGGCACUGACCACAGACCUGCAGACUGCUCGGGCUCUGACGAUCAUUUCAGCAGUGCAGGGCGUCCUGGGUUUGAUGGUGACCAUAGCCGGCGCACAAUGCACCAACUGCAUCAGCAAGGAGUCCUUCAAAGCCAAAGUGGUGAAUGCUGGAGGGGUCAUAUUCAUAAUAUCCGGCUUGUUUGUGUUGGUGCCCUUGUGUUGGAUGGCCAACAACAUUAUCUCAGACUUCUACGACCCUCAUGUUCCUCCUUCAAAGAAGAGAGAAAUUGGGGCUGCACUCUACAUUGGAUGGGCAGCAUCUGCCAUGCUUCUGUUUGGAGGAGUGAUUCUGUGUUUCUCCCGUCCACAUGAUGAAAAAUCCUCGUAUCCACUCAAAUAUGUGCCCACAAAGAGCUCAACAAUAAAUGGAGACUAUAACAAACGAAACUACGUGUGAUCACCAACAGAAUGGACAAGUGGUGGACUUUGAAGGCUGUACAUCUGUUUCGGUUGUGGGUAGUUGACCAACAACAUGCCCUUAUUAUGGACAUGAACUUGAAGAUUCAACAUCAAGGUUUUAGUUUCAAAUGUGUGCUUAAUGCAAAAUGUAUGUUUUAGAUUCUGUUACAUUUUUAAUCACCUUUUUGUAAUUCACUUAAAGAGUUUGUCCUGCAGUGUGACAAAUAAAUUAUUUAUUUCAUAUGAAGUCAUAAAACAAUUUCAUGUAUACUAAAAGUACAAGAACUAGAAAACGCUGUUUACAAACAGUUUGAGAUGAAGUAUAGCAUGACAACUUCCCAUUUACACGCAACAGGUCACUAACAUCAAGAUUGUACUAAGCUGUAACAUACUACAUGCAAGCAUUCGGUUACUGUACAUACUUGAUAAUAGUUUUAAUAGAGUAUUUUGUGCUACUUAAAUAUGCUCAUUUUUCUGUAGGCUAUGUCUUGUUGAUAAUGCAAUAGAGGUACACAGGUAUUUUUGUCUCUUUAUAUAUGAUAGUAUUUUUAAUCACUGUGGCUAAAAUGGGGCUUCAGGGAGGGUCAAUGAUUCAUGUUUUUGUCCCGCUUAAUGAGAGUGCACUAAUUAGACACGGUCUGUGUGCUUCAAUAAGACGCUGAAUAAUGCCUAUUGUUCUACGUAUAGAUUCCGGACUACAUGAUUUGAUAACCUAAACCUCCUGAGUGUACAUUAUUUUAUCUGUGAUUUCUUUUUUUUUUUUACAGCUUUUUCAUAUUUUUUUUUCAUAUAGAAACCAUUGAAUAAAACAAGCUUCGUAUCAUUGUGUCUGAAUAAUACACUUUUAUAAUAAAAGUAUUGUA